AUGACGAGGAAGAGGGCAGCCACAUCGGCGAAGAAAGAUUCACCGGCGGAUGGGGCCGAAGGGAACCCGACAUGUAAAAGACAAGCUUCCUCCACCGCGCCAGCGCCCGUCGGGGCUUCCAGCUCGGUUUCGGGGUCCGUUGGAGAUGUUGUGGGGGAAGAGAAAGUAGUAGAAGUGUUGAAUAAUGGGGACUGCGAGAGUACUUCGAAAUCUCCGGUUUUGGUGGAUAAGAAGGAGAAAUGUAGAACGCCGGUGGAGAAAGAGUCGGAGGAAGACAAUGCCCGGUUCUUGGGUGACCCGGUUCCUGAUGAAGAAGCCCGUCAACGAUGGCCUCAUCGGUACCAGAACAAGAAUCCGGAAGGUAUUCAAGCUAGACGUCACUUCAUCCAAGCGGAGGUGGAUGGUCUAGUGUUUAAUCUGGAAGAUGAUGCACAUGUAAAGGCUGAGGAAGGGGAAACCUCUUACAUCUGUAAGAUCAUAGAGAUGUUUGAGGCAGUUGAUGGCUCGCCUAAAUUUACUGCCCAAUGGUAUUAUAGGGCUAAAGAUACGGUCAUCAAAUUUCAUGGCAACCUUAUUGAUGAUAAUUGUGUUUUCUUUUCUGAAGUCAAGGAUGACAAUCCCCUUGAUUGCCUUUUAAAUAAGAUUAGAAUUGCAUUUCUACCCUUAAAAGUAGAAUUGGAUGCCCAGGAGGAACUAAGUUCAACGUGCGAUUAUUACUACGACAGAAUGUACUUGCCUGAAUAUUCUUCUUUUGUAAGCUUAUCUACAGACAAUACUGCAGCUAGCAGUGAAUCUGAUUCUACCAUCUCCAUUGAUGCCGAUGCUGUAACAGCAAGUAGUGGUUCUGAAGUCGAAGAGCAUGGCAAUGUGAAAACUCUCCUGGACCUGUAUUCCGGAUGUGGUGCAAUGUCCACUGGACUGUGCCUUGGUGCCAAUACGUGUGGCGUUAAACUUGUUACUAAAUGGGCUGUGGACCUUAAUCAGUAUGCUUGUGAAAGCCUCAAACUGAAUCACCCAGAGACGGAGGUGAGAAAUGAAUCAGCGGAGGAUUUUUUGUCUCUGUUGAAGGAAUGGGAGAAGCUCUGUACCACCCAUUUAUCACCAAACAGUGAGACGGCUGAUGGAAAUCCUGAAAGCAGGGAAGAAGAAGACGACGAUGAUGAUGAGAAGAACGAAGAGGAUGAUGAUGAGAAGAACGAAGAGGAUUCUGAAGUCUUUGAAGUUGAAGAAAUACUUUCAAUUUCUUACGGAGACCCAAAUGACAAUGGGAAAUCUGAAAUGCAUUUCAAGAUUCGUUGGAAAGGUUAUGGCCCUGAGGAAGACACAUGGGAGCCUCUGGAAGGUUUGAGUGCUUGCCAAGAAAAGUUGAAGAAAUUUGUCUCUAGAGGCUAUGAGCUGAAGAUCUUACCUUUGCCUGGGACUGUUGAUGUUAUAUGCGGAGGGCCACCAUGCCAAGGCAUAAGUGGCUUCAAUCGGUUUAGGAACAAGGACAAUCCUCUAGCAGAUGAUAAAAAUAAACAACUGGUUGUUUUCAUGGACAUUGUUGCCUAUUUGAGGCCAAAAUUCGUGUUGAUGGAGAAUGUUGUUGAUAUUGUGAGAUUUGCUGGUGGUUUCCUCGGGAGAUAUGCGUUAGGUCGUCUUGUCGGAAUGGGCUAUCAAACAAGGAUGGGAAUGAUGGCCGCUGGUGCCUAUGGGCUUCCACAAUUCCGGAUGCGAAUGUUCAUGUGGGGUGCGCUUUUGACGGAGAGGUUGCCGCAGUAUCCCUUGCCAACACAUAAUCUUGUUGUUAGGGGAGUUAUUCCUACAGAAUUUGAGUCAAACACAGUUGCUUAUGAUGAAGGCAGUAAUGUUGAACUCAAAAAGGAGCUUUUUCUUGGUGAUGCAAUAUCUGAUCUCCCGCCUGUGGAAAACAAUGAGGCACACAAUGAAAUGCCAUAUGGUUCUGAACCAGAAACAGAAUUCCAGCACUUCAUAAGACUGCGGAGGGAUGAGAUGCCUGGCUCUGUGAUGUCCAACUCUGAAGUGUCAGAGCAUGAAUUGUAUGAUCAUCGCCCUUAUCAGUUAAAUCAGGAUGAUUAUGAGCGUGUAUGUCAAAUUCCUAAGAAAAAGGGUGCAAACUUUAGGGAUUUGCCUGGUGUUAGAGUUCGUACUGAUAACAAAGUUGAAUGGGAUCCCACUGUAGAAAGAGUAAAGCUGUCGUCUGGCAAGCCUUUGGUUCCUGAUUAUGCAAUGAGUUUUGUUCAGGGAACUUCAACAAAGCCAUUCGGGCGGUUAUGGUGGGAUGAGACUGUUCCAACAGUUGUUACUCGGCCAGAACCUCACAACCAGACUAUAUUACAUCCUCUGCAAGAUAGAGUUCUUACCAUCCGUGAAAAUGCUCGACUACAAGGCUUUCCAGAUUAUUAUAAACUUAUUGGUCCGAUAAGAGAAAGGUACAUUCAAGUUGGAAAUGCAGUUGCUGUGCCUGUAGCUCGAGCUUUAGGUUAUUCAUUGGCGUUGGCACUGAGAGGAUUAUCAGGAAAUGAACAAUUAUUCAGCCUGCCAGAACAAUAUCCCGUGAUUACAGAUGUUCCUUCUCCGAUGAUUGUGAUGAUAUGA